AAACCUCGGAGAAGCUGAGGGAACGCGCUGGGAUUGCCCGGGCAGAAGCCGUCUUAAGGCCCGCCGCUACCUGCGCCUGCCCUCAGCUCGACCGACUCCCCUCACGGCUGACACGAAGGCAACAAGGCGAAGGCGCGAAGGCGGGCAAGCCCGCCCCCUCCUCUCUAUCCCUCCGCCCAGCGCGCUCAGCUCGGCUCGGGCGUGGAUAUUUCUCCGGCAACUCUGCUCGCCAACCAGCCGGGGCUUUUCGCCUUAGGCGACGAGCCUACCGCCUCUCCCGGACGCUCUUCGCAGCUGGACGCCGCAGCCACUGUCGCCUGUGCCUGGAGCGGAGCUGAAGUUUGCGCGCCGAGAGAGCUGGGCAGGCAUGGAAACCGUCGACCAGCUGGCCUCCAAGGGCAGUUUCCGGGCGGUGAAGGAACCCCUGGCUUUCCUCAGGCUGCUGGAGUGGCUUUUUGCAGUCUUUGCAUUUGCAACAUGUGGUGGCUAUUCUGGAGGAUUGCGGCUCAGCGUGGACUGCGCAAACAGGACACAGAGCGACCGCAGCAUUGACAUAGCUUUUGCCUAUCCCUUCAGGUUGUACCAGGUGAAAUUUGAUGCUCCCACCUGUGAAGGCAGACAAGAAAAACUUUCACUCAUAGGCGACUUUUCCUCUUCUGCGGAAUUCUUUGUGACUAUUGCCGUCUUUGCCUUCCUCUAUUCCUUGGCAGCCACCGUAGUUUACAUUUUCUUCCAGAACAAAUACCGCGAAAACAACAGAGGUCCUUUGAUUGACUUCGUUGUGACAGUGGUUUUCUCCUUCAUGUGGCUUGUGGGUUCUUCUGCUUGGGCUAAAGGACUAUCUGAUGUAAAGGUUGCCACUAAUCCAGAUGAAGUAUUCUUACUGAUGUCAGCUUGCAAACAACAAUCCAACAAGUGCUUGCCUGUGUACAGCCCUGUUAUGUCAAGUCUUAAUACUUCAGUUGUCUUUGGAUUCUUGAACUUUGUUCUCUGGGCAGGAAAUAUCUGGUUUGUUUUUAAGGAGACUGGUUGGCAUUCUUCAGGUUCAAGGUAUCCUCAAGACACCCUCGAGAAACAGUCUGGCAGCUAUAAUCAAGGUGGCUACAAUCAAGAUAGCUAUGGGUCGAGUGGUGGGUAUAACCAACAGGAAGGCAAUUUUGGGCAACAAACUAAUUAUGGCCAAGUUGAUGAAUUUGGCCAGCAACAACAGAGCUUUAACCAGAGUGGCCCAAUUUCAUUUACUAAUCAAAUGUAGCAACCGCAGAGCCCUUAACAUUGAUCAUAUGUAGAAAGCUCAAACAUGUUGAUGAUAGACAGCACAUAUUUGAGUGUUUGUAGAUUCAUGUGAUGAUGAGUUUCAACUAAUCCAAGGUCUGUGAACAUGAACUGUUGGAGGUGGGCUGUGGCUCUUGUUUGUUUGUGAAUGAUGAAGUUCUCCCCCAGUGGAUGAUUGUGGUGGUGGUGGUGGUGAUGAUGCAUUCAUCGCAGUGGUGAAAUGAAAUAACUUAAUUGUUAUAUGUAUGGUAGAAAUACCCUUACAGUAGCUUUGUACAUGUAUGGUAAGAAUGUUUUGUAGCCUUCAGUCUGUAGGUUAAAAUAUGCAUAAUGUAAUUAAAUUAACAUUAGCUUUUCUUCUGCAUUUUGAUGGGGCAAAAUAAGUUUCCUAUGAUUUCUGAAGAUUACUCUAUAUAGUUUUAGAUUAGAUUAGAUAACAUUUAUUGUCAUUUUUUCCUGUGGGCACAAUGGCACACAUUAAAAAUGAAAUUUAGUUGCUUCCUCUCAAAGUGUACACAUACAUAUAUAGCAUAAAGCAUGCAUUAUAUCUCCUAUAUUUUCUUCAUUGCUAUCUGACUGCUAGUUUAUACAAUUCAACAUUUUUUACUGAUUAAAGUAUUUAUUUGAUAUUCUUCUUUAUUAGAACGUUAGUAAUGUAUCUAAGUGCAUGAAACCACAUACUUUUCACAACAGAAUAUUAUGACUGUGAACAUGGAACUUUUCUCCAUUUAUAUUUAAUUGUUUUGCUAAUGUAACAUUUUAGAUAAUGUAUAUAUGACUAAUUAAUUUAUUCUAUAGAGUUGGAUCAAUUACUCAAAAUCUGAAUUCUGUAUCUAAUAAAAAUAUUUUUCCUUAAAAGGAAAUUUUGAGCUAUAUAACUGUUCAAUUUUUUUCUGCAUAUUAAGUUCAGUAUUUGUUCCUAGAGCCAUAUUUAUGUUGAAGUUGUGUGAUUCAAUGGAUAUAAUAUAUGGACCAAGUAACUGUGUUUACAUCUUUACAAAGGUAUUUAUUUAUUUAAUUAGGAUAACAGAGGUGCAGAUAUUGACACAACUACACUCUACAGCUAUUGCAAAACAUUACAAAAAAGUUUGUCCUAUCUUGUCAUCACUUGAGGAAAGUUUUUCUUUCUCAACUUCUAUUCAGAUCAGACAUUCUGCUGACUGUUGAAAUUGGUGCUACCUUUAAAUAAAAAAGUGUCAAAAGUAGGAUUUUAACAAUGAAAAAGACACAGCCAUGUCUUAACAGGGAGCAUGAUUAACUUAGAGAUCCAGUUGCUCUCCAACUACAUGUAAUAAUUUCAAGGGAAAAUGUUAUUUUCAACAAUUGAAUGAGAGAGAUCAGAAUCAAUGGGAAGACAAUAGAAUCAAACUUUUGCUAAAUCUUACUAAGCUUUAUCUUUUCUUUAUUCCAGCUACAGACAGAUCCCAGGUACAUAGCGUGAACUUCCCACUGUUAAAAAUAUAUCUGUCAUAAGGCAGACUGAACUUUGCCUUCAUUGUUUUGAGAUGGGUCCUUGACUGUUUUUGAAGGAAACUAUCCUACAAAUUGAACAAAGCAUUUGUUAGCUAACCAGUCUAGAUGUCACUUGUAUAUAAAGUGAAAGUAAACCCCAUUCCUUUCUAGCACUGGUGAUUUUACCUAACUGGCUAAUGAAACAUUUGCAUGAAAACAUUCAAGUUCAGAUAGCAUUAAGGACCCCACAGUCUAGAUGUGUAUCUCUAUUGAGUGAUUGUGCAUCUAUUGUAAGGAAUAGGGGGAGGGUAAGAACUGGAUCUCUACCUUGCCACACAUUUAUCAGACUGAACAGCUUAUACCUGGAGUGAGAAACAAUUAAGAACUGCCAAAUUUGCAUACACGCUGGUGUCUGUACACAAACAAGGCUCAUUUUUUUCUUAGUCUGUUUGUAGCCUAAAGGAGAACAUACCAUAAAACCAGAACAUCUGCAUUUCUAAACAAAAGUGUUUCUGUCUAUAAUAUCAUUGUAUGAGCUGUAAAUGUUCAAAGCAUCAUUUAGCAUAAAGCAGCAUAGUCAGUUGUAUGAUUGUUGUAACCAAUGUACGGCUGCUCCGUGAAUAAGUUAAUAUUGUGGUAUAAUUAUUUGAUCUCAAUAAAUAAAGUGUAUUGCAUACAAAA